AUGUCUUCCUCCAGACUGGGGCUCUGUUUGGCUGCCUGUUUACUAAAUAUUUCAGAAGCCAGAAGGAAAUACAUUGUUGAGAACAUAGCAAAAGCAGCUCUUCUUGAAAAAAAUGGGCACAGGUAUCCUGAAGUAUCAGUGCUCAAUAUAUUUUCAUUUUCUGAUCAAGACUACAACAGAUCAAUCAAAAUAGCAGCUUCUGUUAAUUAGUUAGGCAAUUCUGUUUUGGCUGCCAGCGUGGAGGCUUUUAAGUCUGUGAAUAUGGAGGCUCAAGAGGGGAUCCCUUGCCUGGGAGCAGUGGACCUCAUUCCCAUUUACACUCUAUCUCGUGUACAAGUGGACAAGUGUGGAGCUGUGGCCUAA